GGAGUAGGUACCUCUGUGCAUGGGGUGCAGAUGUGUGUACAUCUUCCUAUGUACCUAUCGGGCCAUGGCCCAGACGCUCAACCCCAGAACCUCGAAUUACCUACCUAUUGAACCAGCUUGUGCUUCGUAUCUCCAAAAGCUCGAGAACCACCAACAGUCGGGCUACCGAUGCGCCUCAACUCUACGGAUCGCGUAGAUGGCAGCUAACGAUGACGAAGAUACGUCGUAUGUCGACUACGAUGCCUUCCUCGACCCGGCCUUUAGCCCAUCCUCCUUCGCCAACACUCUCGUGCUCGCCACCAACAAUCCGAACGAUGCGCCGCUAGACCUUUCGACGCCCUUGUCUAAGGUCUUAUUCGACGCCCAGGAGGUCGAUUCCCGUAUCGACGAUCUGACCACCCGCUCCGCCAUCCCGCUUCUCACACACACCAAGGAGCAGACCGAAGCGAGUCGUAAGAUUAUCACCGAGAUAGACGCACAGAUCAAGAGCCUAAACGAGAGCUACAAACAGCUGGAGAAGGAGGUAAUCCAGAAGCAUGCCGAAGCAGACGAGGUACGCCAAGUUGCCGCGCGACUAUGGGAGGCCCUGAAGCUAGGCAGGUCUGUCGGUCGCUGUCUUCAGCUGGGUCGCCAGCUCGAGAUCCAAUACGCGGAGAUAACCGCCAGCUCAGGGCCAGGCUCCACCGCGGGGGGCGGCAAGAAAGAGGAUCACAGAGCACUUGUGCGCUGUGCGCAUACGAUUCUAUCCCUGCGAGAAAUACUCGACAAGAGGGCACCGGGGGAAGAAGGGCACGGACUCGACAAGGUCAACGUGAUUAGAAGCCUGCAAGAUGGAAUCGUAGGGUCGAUCGAGAGGUCGGUCAGCAGUGCGUCGGAACAGAUCAUACGCGAGUUCAACAUCGGCUCCGCUUCUACCUACGCGCAGAGCGAAGAGGCCAAGGCCCGAACGGUAUCUGCCGCCAUUACUCUCUACCUGAUGUCACCCGUAUCCCGUACGAAGCCCGACAAAUGGGCACCCCAACUCCUUCUCCAACCGCUAGAGGUGUAUCUGCGCAAUGCGCUGAACAGCUCUAUCGCGUCCGUUGCGAGGUCCCUUGCGACAUUGCCGUCCCUAGACCGGACCCUCGCAGAAGUCUCGGCGCGGUGCCAGAGCAUCAUCGCUCUCGAGACGAUCCUCUCCACGACGAAGGCCCCGGUGCACCCACUCCUACCGACGGCGCAGAAGCAUGCUCCGGAUAGGUUCAACCUCUUACAGCCGUUGCUAGCGUAUCUCGAGACCGGCUCGCUCGCGUCGUACUUCUGGAGGAGCAUGGCGAGUAGUUUGGCAACCCGAGUCCAGGACAUCGUAAAUCGUGGGGGUGUUUCGGCUCGCACGUUGAAGACGAACCGUAACAGCGUCGGAGAGGCAAUUAGAGAGUGCGUCAUCCGAGGCAGUCAACCCCCGAGUACCAUCGCUGGUUCCAAGGGGAAGGCCCCGAAAGCAGACGCAGAAAAGGGCGAGGGAUGGGAUCGCGAGGUGGCUGUGAUGGUGGGGAGCGUCGUUGGAAACCUCGGCAGAUGAGAGAUCUGCCAGCGGAGCUACCAUGUCUCUCGCCCUUCAUGAACACAGGUUUAA